GAUUUAGCCGUUGAAAGUCAGACGGUGGAUCUUCUUCCCAUCCUUGCUAAAACCCACUUCAUAUGGAAAACCAUAGACCCGCAUAACUUCACCAUCAUCAAUUCCCACACACACUAAUAGCUUCUGCGACUCUGUAAUCUUCCAGUCUCCCAAGUUUCUUCUAGCUAUGGCGGGAAAGGUUAUGCAUGCUGUUCAGUACAGUAAGUAUGGUGGAGGAGCUGCUGGUCUCAAGCAUGUUGAGGUUCCAAUUCCCACACCAAAGAAUGGUGAAGUUUUGAUUAAAAUAGAAGCGACUGCUUUGAAUCCCAUUGAUUGGAAAGUGCAGAAGGGCGUGAUGCGGCCAUUUAUGCCUAAAAAAUUCCCUUUUAUUCCUGCCACUGAUGUGGCAGGGGAAGUGGUUGAAGUUGGAGCAGGAGUAACAAAAUUCAAAGCUGGUGAUAAAGUCGUAGCUAAUGGUGGAGGAGGACUUGCUGAAUAUGCGGUGGCUAAGCAGAGCUUGACAGUUGGAAGACCCCCUGAAAUUUCAGCAGCUGACGCUGCAGGGUUACCUAUUGCAGGUCUUACUGCUUACCAGGCUCUCCAAACUGCAGGGAUCAAACUUGAUGGAAGUGGCAAUGAAGUAAACGUUCUGAUAACUGCUGCCUCCGGCGGAGUUGGUCACUAUGCUGUUCAAUUGGCAAAGCUUGGGAAUACAUUCGUAACAGCCACUUGUGGAGCGCGUAACAUUGAAUUUGUGAAGAGCUUAGGGGCUGAUGAAGUACUUGAUUACAAAACCCCAGAAGGGGCUGCUCUCAAGAGCCCAUCUGGUAAGAAAUAUGAUGUAGUAAUCCACUGCACAUCUGGCAUUCCUUGGUCGACUUUCGAGAGUAAUUUGAGUCCAAAUGGGAAGGUUAUAGACAUGAGUCCCAAUGCCGGUACAAUGUGGACUUACGCUAAGAAGAAAAUCACUCUCUCUAAGAAGCAGCUCGUGCUGCUGAUGGCAUCUCCCAGCAGCGAGAAGCUGGAGUAUUUGGUUCAACUAAUGAAGGACGGAAAGCUGAAGACAGUCAUCGACUCAAAACAUCCUUUGAGCAAGGCUGAAGAAGCGUGGACUAAGUCUAUCGAGAGCCAUGCUACCGGGAAGAUUAUCGUUGAGCCUUGAGUAAGGUAACUGGAACAUGUUUGAAAAGGCUGAAACUGUAAGUAUUUGGUUUUGUGAAGGUGCUACAAAUGGGUGUUAUUGGGAAACAAGAGAUUGUGUGAUGUAAAGGCAGUUGUGUGUAAUUUGGUUUGUCUGUGAUGUUUAAUGUUGUAUUUUGUUAUGUAUUCAGUAAACAGAUUUACUGGAUGAUACUGGUUGAGUUGUGUGUAUAUCUUAUGGCUGCCUGUAAUUAUUUUGGAUUUCAGAAAGAACUGUUUUUGAUUUGAGAAUAAAGUUUUGAUGGUCUAGAUGGAUCUCAAGUUUAUA